AUGAAUCCUGCCUAUUACCGCGUACGAUUGCUCUGUGAUCUCUUUUGGACCCUGUUGCUUCCAGUGCUCGUGCUCUUUCUUGUCUUGUCUCAAAGACAAUAUCGACUGGGCGUCUUAUCACUACCCGCCCAUGUUGCUUUCAUUUUUCUAUGGGGAACAACUAGGAAUUUAUAUCGCAGAUCUAUGCAGGAAAGGGAAGCUAGAUUACUUGGCGCCAGACUGAUACCCUGCGUUGUAGGGAAAUGGCCUGGAAAUAUCGACGUCUUGCUCAAUAUGAUAAGGGCGUUCAAAUCUAGUUAUGUCUUGGAUGUCUACCUUCAACUCUUCGAGGAAUAUCAAUGCACUACCAUAAACACAAGGAUAUUGUGGUCUGACGCUAUUAUUUCAAUGGACCAGGAACAUGCCAAAUUUGUCUUAGCAACUGGUUUCCAACGCUUUUGGAGAGGACCCGCUCAAAAAGAACGAAUGGAGACGCUACUCGGUGAAGGUAUAUUCAAUAGAGAUGACGAUGUUUGGAAAACGCAUCGCGCCACAGCGCGUCCAUUUUUUGCACGCGAACGCAUUCUGGAUUUCGAGAUUUUUGAACAAUACUGUUCCCGCACGUUAUCCAUUAUUUCCUCUCUAUCAUCAGGAGAUCAGCCUUGUGAGGUGCAAGACCUGUACGCUCGCUUUACACUUGACGCGGCGUCCGAGUUUCUUUUUGGGAAAAACUUGAACACGCUUUCUGCGUCGCUCCCGGUUCCUGGAUGCACCACGAUGGGCCCAAAAGGGUCGGCCACCAAGGACGCAUGGGGCUCGUUUGCACAGGCGUUUGAGAUGGCACAACAAAACGUCACCAACCGGGGACGGAUCGGGUACCUGUGGCCCCUGUUUGAAUUUUUCAGCGACAAGAAUGAGCGGCAUGUUAAGGUAAUCCACCAAUGGCUAGACCCUCUUGUUCAACAGGCAUUGGAAGCAAAGAGGCGAGCAGAUUCGGCCGGUGUAAUGAGCCCCAUCGCGGAAAAGACGUUUUUACAGCAUCUGGCUGAUACUACAAACGACUCUGUCGCAAUUCGGGAUCAGUUGUUGAGCAUGUUGCUCGCAUCUCGGGAUACAACGGCAGGUGUAUUGACGUACCUAACCUACUUCAUGGCCAUCCACCCCGACGUGACGGCCAAAUUACGCGCAGAGGUCCUGGAUCAUUGUGGUUCCACAAAAUCCGGAACGUUUGAGAAUUUUAGAAACAUGAAAUAUAUGCGUGCAGUGAUAAACGAAACGCUCCGUCUUUUUCCCCCAGUCCCCUUGAAUGUCCGCGAAACGCGCUCAUCUCCAUGCGUUUUUCCACCUUCCGAUCCUUCAUACCCACAACCGGACUCGCGGCCUUUAUACAUGCCAGCAAAAACGCCAAUUGUGUACCUCCCCCUGCUGACACAACGUAACCCCGCGCUAUGGGGCGACGAUGCCGAUGCCUUCGACCCGGAGCGCUGGAUACAACCUGAGCGUAUCACCAAAUUCACAGCGAACCCUGCGAUGUUUUCGCCGUUUAGCGCUGGGCCGAGAAUUUGCCUUGGCCAAAAUUACGCGUACAAUCAGAUGUCGUAUUUUCUCGUUCGGCUGCUACAGAAGUUUGACCGCUUUACCCUCGCGCAGGAGUUCCAACCCGAGGGAUCGUUGCCGCCAAUCGAAUGGAAAGACCGUAGUGGAAGGCAGCGGUUUGAAAAGGUAUGGCCAAGCGCUGCCCUGACACUAUAUAUUAAGGGCGGAAUGUGGGUCCGGUUUCAUAAAGCAACCUCGCCUUAA